CCGGGCCGCUCGCGGGCAUGGACAGCGCGACUGCUGCCGCCUUCGCCCUGGACAAGCCCGCACUGGGCCCCGGGCCGCCGCCGCCCGCGCUAGGGGCCGGCGACUGCGCCCAGGCGCGCAAGAACUUCACGGUGAGCCACCUUCUGGACCUGGAGGAGGUGGCAGCGGCCGGGAGACUGGCGGCGCGUCCGGCGGCCAGGGCGGAGGCGCGGGAGGGUGCGGCGCGGGAGCCGUCCGGGGGGAGCAGCGGCAGCGAGGCGGCGCCGCAGGACGGUGAGUGCCCCAGCCCGGGGCGCGGCGCCGCCGCCAAACGGAAGAAGAAGCAGCGGCGAAAUCGUACCACGUUCAACAGCAGCCAACUGCAGGCACUGGAGCGCGUGUUCGAGCGCACUCACUACCCCGAUGCCUUCGUGCGCGAGGAGCUCGCCCGGCGAGUCAACCUCAGCGAGGCGCGCGUCCAGGUCUGGUUCCAAAACCGUCGCGCCAAAUUCCGCCGAAAUGAGAGAGCCAUGCUAGCCAACCGUUCCGCUUCGCUCCUCAAGUCCUACAGCCAGGAGGCUUCCAUCGAGCAGCCUGUGGCUCCCCGGCCCACUGCCCUGAGUCCAGAUUAUCUCUCCUGGACAGCCUCGUCUCCCUACAGCACGGUGCCGCCCUACAGCCCUGGAGGCUCGGGCCCCGCGACCCCGGGAGUCAACAUGGCCAACAGCAUCGCCAGUCUCCGUCUCAAAGCCAAGGAGUUCAGCCUGCACCACAGCCAGGUGCCCACGGUGAACUGA